ACGAAGAAAAAAAGAAAAAAAAAGAAAAGGAAAACGAGGGUGGGCUAGGGUUUACCUUGCUGGAGCAGAGAGAGAAGGAGACGGUGAGAGAGAGAAGGAGACGUCGGUCAGAGCAGGUUUCGUCCAUGGUUGGAUCUCUGAGUUUGGUUAUGCUGUUGGGGGUCUUGACAACUUUAGAACUUUCAGUUUGUGAUUGUUUCAAGUUGCAGCGGUAAUAGCUUAUUUACAUGGAAAAUCGAGGUCGGAAACGAGCUGAGAUGGUGGAGCAAUUGCCCGCUGAUAAGCGUGCCUGCAGUCUUUCAGAGUACCAGCCCGGUUCUUCGAGCUCAUCGCCUCAGACCCCACCCGCUUCGAUAAAUCCAGUUUCAGAAGCUGCAGAUUGUGAUAUGGAGUCCUCGUCUUCUGCUUCUGUUUCAGGCCGAUCAGAAGGCGAAGUGGAGAAGGAUUCUGCAUAUGGGUCUUGUGAUUCUGAUGGAAUGGAGGAUACCGAUCAUAGGAGAAGUAUUUAUCGAGAGUUCCAACGUCGAAAUUCCAAAGAAAAUGAAGUGAAACUAAAGAAGAUUUUGCCGAACUUAGAUGCCGAAGCUGGACCUUGUGCCCAGCUUGCUGCUCUCACAGAGCUCUGUGACAUCUUAUCCUUAUGCAUGGAUGACUAUCCACUUGCCAAUUUGCCUUUGCCAUCGUUCAUUCCUAAUCUUGUUAGGUUGGCAAAACAUGAGAGCAGUCCAGAUAUAAUGCUUUUGGCCAUCAGGGCUCUGAGUUACCUCUAUGAUGUGUUUCCAAGAUCGUCUGGGUUUCUUGUUCGAUACAAUGCAGUUCCUGCUCUUUGUGAACGAUUAAUGGUUAUUGAAUACUUGGAUGUAGCAGAGCAGAGUUUACAAGCCUUGGAAAAGAUUUCUCGUGAUCAUCCAGUCACAUGCUUAAAAGCUGGGGCUAUUAUGGCAGUUUUAAGUUAUAUCGACUUCUUCUCGACGAGCAUUCAGAGAGUUGCAGUUUCCAUUGUUGCAAAUGUAUGCAAGAAGCUUCCGUCUGAUUGUUCUGCACUUGUAAUGGAAGCUGUUCCCAUUUUGUGCAAUCUUCUCCACUAUGAGGACCGAAAGCUUGUAGAAGCUGUUGCUCUAUGUUUGAUAAGAAUGGUGGAGUGUUUGAGUUGUUCGUCAGAGACAUUAGACGAACUUUGCAAGCAUAGGCUAAUUCAGCAAUCUACACAACUUAUAGCCUUAGACAGUCAAAUGACCCUCAACCAGUUGACUUACACGGGUUUGAUUGGGAUGCUUGGUAGACUUGCUUCUAGAUCUCUUGUAGCAGUUAGGACUCUUUUUGAGUUGAACAUAAGCAGAACAAUGAGGGGUAUCCUAUCCAGUUCUGACCUAUCGCAUGGCACGACUGAUUCUCAUCUCAGUGAAAUGCACUCCAAUCAGGUUCAUGAAGUCCUGAAGUUACUAAAUGAGCUUCUCCCUCCUUUGGCAAGAGACGGUGAAAACAUUGAGCUGGUAUCAGCUAAGGAAAAUAUUCUUGCAGAUCAACCUGAACUACUACGUCAGUUUGGGAUGGAUAUUCUUCCCAUUUUGAUUGAGGUGGUUAGUUCUGGUGCCAAUUUGUAUGUUUAUUAUGGCUGUCUCUCUGUUAUCAAUAAGUUAGUUUAUUUCAGCACUGCUGACAUACUUCUGGACUUGUUUAAGAAUACCAACAUUUCAAGUUUCCUAGCUGGCGUAUUUUCUCAAAAGGAUCACCAUUUGCUGAUUUCAGCUCUGAAGACUGCUGAAAUUGUCAUGCAAAAACUUCCUGAUGUCUUUUUGAACUCGUUUGUAAAAGAGGGUGUUGUUUAUGCAGUCAAUGCACUUGCGAUGCCACAGAAAUGCUCAGAAUCCCUGGUUCAGCACUUGGCCACUUCAAACUAUAAAAUAUCUGGGAAGGAUGUCCAGAGAUGCUUAUGUUAUGCCUUUGAUAUAAGCCGUCCUCCUUUAUCAUCAGAGGCGGGAAGUUGCAAACUUGAAAAAGAUACUGUUCACGUUUUAGCCAAACACAUAAAAGCUACCUAUUUUACUGGGGAAUCAUGGAAUUCUGAGAUAGGAUUGACUGAGGUUAUUAAUAAACUUAGAACUUUCUGUGCUGUAUUAACUGAUAAUGUGGACAUGGUGAGAAAUAAGGAUUACUGUGCCCAUGGUGAAGAGUACUUGUCUCAUAUAGUGGAUCAAAUAAUGGCAGAACUUUAUGGAGGGAAUCCAAUGUCUACUUUUGAGUUUAUUGAAAGUGGAAUUGUAAAAUCACUAGCACAUUACCUUUCUGGUGGGAAGUAUUUGAAAGGGGAGGUUGAUUGUUUCUUCUUAUCAAACCAUUGCCAUGUUGUACUGAGGAGGUUUGAGAUGUUUGCCAGGGCUUCUUUAUCAUCACUGGGUCAACGCUGGGAGGACAUGCCCCUGACACCGUUGCUACGGAAACUGCAGAGCGCGUUAUCGUCCUUGGGAAAUUUUCCUGUCAUUUUGAGCCAGGCUCCCAGGACAAGAGAGGCUUAUGCUAGUAUUCCAUCUGGGCACUAUACAAAGGAUCCAUGUCUACGAGUACGUUUUGUGAAGGAAGAAGGGGAGACAAACCUAUGUGAUUACUCUACAGAUGUUCUGACGGUUGAGGCUUUUUCUUCUUUUCGUGCUAUUGAAGGAUUUCUGUGGCCUAAGGUUAGCACUGCUAGUGUUGAACGUCACGAAGAAUCUACAGGAAAAGAUACAACACAAAUGAUCGAUGAUCUAGAUCGUGAUCUUUUGAAGGCCAAAGAUGCACAGUUCAUGAAAUUAUGUAGAUCUUCUGGUUUGUCAGACAAGCAGGGAUCUAUGGAGAAGGAUGCUAGCGCGAAAACAAAUGACUUGAUGAAUGCUCACUCUUUAAACAGCCCUUGUGAUGAUGCUCCAAAAUUGUUAUUUUUCUUGGAAGGGAAACAACUUGAACACUCAUUAACACUGUAUCAAGCAAUACUGCUUCAAAUGAAUGAAGAGCCUGACGUUAGUGUGGGCCCAAGAUUUUGGUAUGAAGUCUAUGAAGUGAAAUAUAGAAGAGCUUUAGAACAAAAGGGGAGUGAUUUUCAAGUAUCUGAGUUCUCUUCUGCUUGCAAUGGACUUGGGAUUUCUUGGAAGAAGCUUCCUUUUUUCUCUACCAUGUUGGCUGCUGAGCUUCCCUGUAACUUGGAGAAGUCAAAUCCUGCUUAUGAUAUAUUGUUUUUGCUGAAAGUAUUGGAAGGCUUAAACAGAUUCUCAUUUCAUCUAUUGUCUCAUGAAAGAAGCGAUGCUUUUGCUAAAGGGAGAAUUGAUAGCCUUGAUGAUUUGAAGGUGACAAUCCCUGUGGUCCCACAGAUUGAGUUUUUAAGCAGUAAGCUAACUGAAAAGCUAGAACAACAAAUGCGAGAUCCUUUGGCACGGGCUGUUGGUGGAAUGCCUUCAUGGUGUAGUCAGUUAAUGGCUGCAUGCCCGUUCCUGUUUGCUUUCGAGGCACGGAGGAAGUACUUCCGAUUGACGACAUUUACUUCGUCACGGGUUCAGCCACACCCACAUUGGACCAAUAAUAAUUCAAAUGCUACAACAGACAGGCGGUCGCAUGCUGGUAGUUUGGAGCGUGAAAAGUUUCAGGUUUUCCGGAGUCAUAUUCUGGAUUCGGCUAUGCAGAUGAUGCAUUUGCAUGCCCGUAGCAGUGCUAUCCUUGAAGUGGAGUACAAUGAAGAAGUUGGCACCGGUCUAGGUCCAACAAUGGAGUUCUAUACCUUGGUUAGUCAUGAGUUCCAGAAGGUUGGGUUGGAUAUGUGGAGAGAAGACCAUUCUUCUUCCACUGAUCAACUUCACUCAGUAAAACAGUCAGAGGUUGAGGGUUCCGAAUUUGUGGUAGCUCCAUUAGGAUUGUUUCCUCGUCCAUGGUCAUCUACAUCAGGUUCCUCAAAUGGGACACGGUAUGAUGAAGUGAUCCAGAAGUUUGUCCUACUUGGGCAGGUUAUAGCGAAGGCUCUUCAAGAUGGGAGGGUUCUUGAUCUACCCUUUUCCAAAGCCUUCUAUAAGAUUAUCCUUGGGCAGGACCUUGACAUAUACGAUAUCCAGUCAUUUGAUCCCGAGCUUGGAAGGACUUUGCUGGAGUUUCAAGCCCUUGCUGAGAGGAGGAGAAAUUUGGGCACUAUUUCUGGAGAGGACACGGCAUUUUUGUCUGAAUUUUGUUUCCGGAAUACCAGAAUUGAGGAUCUCUGUCUCGAUUUUACUCUCCCAGGCUAUUCAGAUUACAAGCUUGCCUCUGGACCUGACCACAUGAUGGUAAAUAUUAAUAACUUGGAAGAGUAUAUUUCAUUGACUGUGGAUGCGACUGUGAGGAAUGGGAUAUCUAGACAAGUAGAAGCUUUCAAAUCAGGAUUUAAUCAGGUAUUCCCACUGAAAACCAUCCAGAUUUUUACUGAAGAUGAGGUCGAGCGUUUGCUAUGUGGCGAACAUGAUACCUGGGCUUCUGGCGAUCUAUUGGAGCACAUUAAGUUCGAUCAUGGCUACACAGCUACCAGUCCUCCCAUUGUCAAUCUCCUUGAAAUAAUUCAAGAUUUUGGGUGCGAUCAACGACGAGCAUUCUUGCAGUUUGUGACCGGAGCUCCUCGCCUACCUCCUGGAGGCUUAGCAUCUCUGAACCCAAAACUGACAAUUGUCCGUAAGCAAUGGAGCAAGUGGGAGGAUGCAGACUUGCCAAGUGUCAUGACUUGUGCUAAUUAUUUGAAGCUCCCUCCUUACUCUUCCAAGGAGCGAAUGAGGGAGAGGCUGUUAUAUGCCAUAACAGAAGGGCAAGGGUCCUUCCAUCUCUCUUGAGCUUAAGCUUCCAAGACUCUCUCUCUCUCUCUCUCUCUCUCUCUCUCCCCCUUUUGACAGGUACAUAGAAUGUGAAUUUGUAAUUAUCAGAAGUGGUGUAGAUAGCCGAAGAAGUCAGUCCACUGCUGGGGGUUAUAUGUAUAUAGUAGGUGGGAAGUGAGAUGGACUGGAACAUGUACAGGUUCUAGAAAAGGGGUAAAAAAAGAAGAAAAAGAAGCCUUUUGAUUUCAUCCUGUGAAUAGGCUGUAUAGGGUACCUUUUUGGGUACAUAUGCACAUACCUCCAUUCAUCUUUAUAGACGGAGUUUUAUUUUCAACUUUCAACUGUGCAUAUUCUAUCUAUAUAUAUUAUCUAAGAAAUGAUGUUUACCUUU